AUGGCGAACACGAGAGCUGGCGCUCCAGCGCAUACUCAAUCCUCACUCCCAUCUCUCCCCGCACAUCUCCAGUCCGAUACCCAUCUCACGGCACACUUAGCCAGUCGUUUCCACGUCGGUCUGCCCACGGCUCGUCUUUCCUCCCAGGCUUUAAUCUCUCUCAACACAUAUUCCUCCGCAACAAAAGGCCCAGAUGGCAACAAAGAGGGCAGCGCAGCUGGUGAGGCCGAGGAUCUCGCUCGUCGGGCAUUCACUCGUCUGGGCGCUCGCGCCGAGAACCAGGCUGUCGUCUUUCUUGGAGAGAGUGGAUCUGGCAAAACCACCAUUCGCUCACACCUACUCUCAUCAUUCCUAUCAUAUUCCUCAACUCCUCUCUCUUCGAAACUCUCCUAUGCCGCCUUUGUCUUCGACACCCUGACCACCACCAAAUCCGUCACCACUCCGACUGCCUCCAAGGCCGGUCUUUUCCUGGAACUUCAAUAUGAUGGCUCCUCAUCUGUCAAUCCCACUCUGAUCGGUGGAAAGAUCAUCGAUUACCGCUUGGAAAGAAGCCGCAUCUCAUCGGUUCCCACCGGAGAGCGCAGCUUCCACUCGCUCUACUAUCUUCUCGCCGGUACGAGUGCUGCAGAGAAGGCUCACUUGGGCUUCGAUAACACGAUCCACAUCCAAACUGGAGGCUCGGGCUCUAUCAACCACAAGCGAUGGCGCUAUCUUGGUCACCCAACGCAACUCAAGGUCGGUGUCAAUGACGCUGAUGGUUUCCAGCACUUCAAGACGGCUCUGCGAAAGCUCGAGUUUUCGCGCGGUGAAAUUGCCGAGAUCUGUCAGAUUAUGGCAAGUAUUCUGCAUAUUGGACAAUUGGACUUUAUUACAGGGCAAGCGACAACCACGGCGGCAGAGGAAAGUGGUGGUUACUCCCACGAGGGUGGCGAGAUGGUCACGGUGGUGAAGAACAAGGAUGUUCUGGCCAAUGUCGCUGCUUUCCUUGGCUUGAGUCUCGAGUCUCUGGAGAAUAGCCUGGGCUACAAGACCAAGACACUCCACCGUGAGCGAGUGACGGUCAUGCUCGAUCCACGGGGUGCUCGCCAAAACGCGGAUGCUUUCGCCCGCACUAUCUACUCGCUCUUGGUCACCUACGUGAUUGAGAGAGUGAACCAGAGGCUUUGUGCUGCGGAAGACAGCGUCGCCAAUACGAUUUCUAUUGUUGAUUUCCCUGGCUUCGCCCAGUCUCCCGCGACUGGCUCAACAUUGGACCAACUGCUCAGCAAUGCGGCGACAGAGUCUCUUUACAACUACUGCCUGCAAUCUUUCUUUGACCGGAAGGCCGAUAUUCUGGACCGCGAAGAAAUCACCGUUCCGGCUACCAGCUAUUUUGAUAACACCGACACCGUCCGCGGUCUUUUGAAGCACGGCAAUGGAUUGCUGAGCAUCCUGGACGACCAGACCAAGCGUGGACGUUCCGAUGCCCAGUUCCUUGACAGCGUUCGAAAGCGUUUCGAGGGCAAGAAUCCGGCAAUCUCGGUGGGCGACUCGAGCGCGAGCAGUGGCUACAUCACUCAGGGUCCCCGCACCGCAUUCACUGUGAAGCAUUUCGCUGGUGAGGUUGACUAUUCGGUGGCAGGUCUCAUCGAGGAGAACGGAGAAGUCAUCUCGGGCGACUUGAUGAACCUCAUGAAGUCUACCCGCAGCGACUUGGUCCGUGAGCUCUUCGAUCAAGAUGCCGUCGAAACCAUCACCCAUCCAAAGGAGAAGACCGCUAUAAUGCAGGCCCAGGUCUCCUCCAAGCCAAUGCGUAUGCCUAGCAUGGCACGACGCAAGCACGACGCCCAGGCUCGACUCACUUCAAUGGCCAUGUCCCGAGCUGACAGCGAGGAUAACAUUGAAGAAGUGGAUAGCCAGGUGGGAGGAAGCUCCCGCCGCAGCGUGGCAGGUCGGAAGAGCGGCUUGUUGGGUCCCUCCCAGGGCUCGGCCGGCCAAUUCCUUUCUGGCCUUGAAAUCAUCAACAAGUGCCUGAGCCAGCCGAACCUGAAUCCUUACUUCGUGAUCUGUCUCAAGCCCAACGAUCGACGCAUCGCCAAUCAGUUUGACAGCAAAUGUGUCCGCAUGCAAGUUCAAACAUUCGGCAUCGCCGAGAUCAGCCAACGGCUCCGAAAUGCGGAUUUCAGCGUCUUCCUCCCCUUUGCCGAGUUCCUCGGCCUGGCCGAGAUCGGUAAUGUCGUCGUCGGCAGCGAUAAGGAAAAGUCUGAGGUCGUCUUGGAUGAGAGACGCUGGCCUGGAAAUGAGGCUCGCGUUGGUAGCACCGGUGUCUUCCUGAGCGAGCGUUGCUGGGCAGAUCUCGCCAAAGUCGGAGAGCGCGUUGUUCCAACCUACGGCGCCGUUGGCGGUGCUGAUGACGACGCUAUCAACUCGGCUGGCAACCCGGAUGCCAAAGUUCGGCUGCUCAAUCCGGCCGAUGCGUCUCCCGGCGCAUUCAUCUACGGUGACGAAACGAAGCAAGGAUAUUUCGGCAGCCGCGAAUUGGAUGGCCGUUCUGAUGCUGGCGGCUCGGCUUUCAACUCUGGUGACAUGUUCCGUGACCUCGACACCAAGCAGCAGAUGCUUGAGAAGGGUCAAGAAAAGAACAUGGAGGAGGUGGAGGAUGUUCCAGUCUCAGCAUCCCGCCGCCGUUGGAUGGCACUAGUCUGGCUGUUAACAUGGAUGAUUCCCGACAUAUUUAUCCGGUAUAUCGGUCGCAUGAAGCGGAAGGAUAUCCGUACCGCUUGGCGAGAGAAGCUUGCAAUCAACCUUAUCAUCUGGUUUGCCUGUGGUGUUGCUAUUUUCAUGAUUGUCGCUUUCCCCGGCUUGAUUUGUCCGACUCAGCAUGUCUAUUCCAAGGGCGAACUCAGCAACCAGAACGGCAAAGAUGGGGCAUCCUCGUACGUUGCCGUCCGAGGUGUUGUGUUCAACUUGGGAGACUUUAUGCCUGCUCACUAUCCCGAUAUCAUUCCUCAAAAGUCACUCAAGAACUACGCAGGUACCGAUGCCACCAACCUCUUCCCUGUCCAGGUCUCUGCAUUGUGCCAGGGUGUGGACGGAUCCAUCGACCCUAGCGUGCCGCUUGACUAUCGAUCAAACUUGAAUGACUCGGCUAGCACGAUUUCUUCGACAUCGUUUGAUAUCAAUGCCAAGUACCACGACUUCCGUUAUUGGACUGAUCUCUACCAAGCCGAUUGGUUUUACGAGCAAAUGGUCAUGAUGCGAGCCAAUUACAAAAAGGGAUACGUCGGUUAUACUGCGAAGUAUAUGAAGAGUCUAGCGGAUGACGAGAGCAAAAAUAUCGUCAGUAUCAACGGGAAAGUAUACGAUAUGUCGUACUACAUUGCAGGACCUCGCAAUCCACGUUUCCCGGAAGGCAAGAAUCGCUCCACCAGCGGUAUCAAGACUGAUUAUAUGAGCCCUCUUCUCGUUACUCUCUUCCAGCAAAAGUCCGGCUACGAUGUGACUAAGUACUGGACUGAUCUUGAUCUCGACGACACUUUGCGCUCCCGUAUGGAACUGUGCCUUGACAAUUUGUUCUUCGUCGGCCAUGUCGACACCCGUAACUCGGUCAAGUGUCAGUUCGCUCGUUACUUCAUCCUUGCCAUCUCCAUCUUGAUUUGUACUGUUCUGGUCUUCAAGUUCUUGGCUGCCCUGCAAUUCGGAAAGAAGAACUUGCCCGAGAAUCUCGACAAGUUCAUCAUCUGCCAAGUGCCGGUGUAUACCGAAGACGAGGAUUCACUCCGUCGUGCUAUGGACUCUAUGGCACGCAUGCGCUACGAUGACAAGCGUAAGCUUCUCUUGGUUAUUUGUGACGGUAUGAUUAUCGGUCAAGGUAACGAUCGCCCUACACCGCGCAUCGUUCUGGACAUUCUCGGCGUUCCUGAAUCUGUCGACCCCGAGCCGCUCAGCUUUGAGAGUCUGGGUGAAGGUAUGAAGCAGCACAACAUGGGUAAGAUCUACUCUGGUCUCUACGAGGUCCAAGGUCACAUUGUGCCCUUCCUGGUCGUUGUCAAGGUCGGCAAGCCUUCUGAAGUGUCUCGCCCGGGUAACCGUGGUAAGCGUGACUCCCAGAUGAUUCUCAUGCGCUUCCUCAACCGCAUUCACUACAAUCUGCCCAUGAGCCCUAUGGAGCUGGAGAUGCACCAUCAAAUUCGCAACAUCAUCGGUGUCAACCCAACUUUCUACGAAUAUAUUCUGCAAGUCGAUGCCGAUACGAUGGUUGCACCGGAUUCCGCUACUCGCUUCGUUUCAGCAUUCCUGUCUGAUACACGCCUCAUCGGUGUCUGUGGAGAGACAGCCCUGUCCAACGCGAAAACAUCCAUGGUCACGAUGAUUCAGGUUUACGAGUACUACAUUUCCCACAACUUGAUCAAGGCGUUUGAAAGUUUGUUCGGUUCCGUUACCUGUUUGCCCGGUUGUUUCACCAUGUUCCGAAUCCGCUCUUCAGAGACCGGCAAACCGUUAUUCGUGAGCAAGGAAGUCGUCGACUCCUAUUCCGAGAUUCGCGUCGAUACCCUGCACAUGAAGAACCUGCUACACCUGGGUGAAGAUCGAUACCUGACCACACUACUCCUCAAGCACCACCCCAAGUUCAAGACGAAGUACAUCUUCCGCGCUCAUGCCUGGACCGUGGCCCCCGAGAGCUUCGCUGUCUUCCUCUCACAACGUCGUCGCUGGAUUAACUCCACUGUCCACAACCUGGUCGAGCUCGUCCCUCUUCAACAGCUGUGCGGCUUCUGCUGCUUCAGUAUGCGCUUCAUUGUCUUCGUCGAUCUCCUCAGUACCAUCAUCCAGCCCGUCACAGUCGCCUAUAUCAUCUACCUGAUCGUCUGGCUAGUCCAAGACAGCUCAGUGAUCCCCUGGACAGCCUUUAUUCUUCUCGGUGUCAUCUACGGUCUCCAAGCCUUCAUCUUCAUCGUCCGACGCAAGUGGGAAAUGAUCGGCUGGAUGUUCAUCUACAUCCUCGCCAUCCCCGUCUUCACCCUCGCCCUCCCGCUCUACUCAUUCUGGCACAUGGACGACUUCUCCUGGGGAAACACCCGCGUCAUCACCGGUGAAAAGGGCCGCAAAGUCGUCAUCUCCGACGAAGGCAAAUUCGACCCGGCCUCCAUCCCCAAGAAACGCUGGGAAGAGUACCAAAUGGAACUCUGGGAAGCCCAAACCUCCCGCGACGACCGCUCCGAAGUCUCAGGCUACUCGUACGGCACCCGCUCGCACGCCUUCCCCCAGUCCGAGUACGGCUUCCCGGGCUCUAGACCGAUGUCCCAAAUGGAUCUGCCGCUCAUGAACUCGAGCUCGCGCCUUUCGAUCGCCCCGUCCGAGAUGCUCGGCGGUGGCAUGGGCAUGGCGCAUGGAGACCUGAGCAUGGAAGAUAUGAGUCACCUGCCCUCCGACGACGCCAUUCUCGCAGAGAUCAGGGAGAUUCUCCGGACGGCGGAUCUGAUGGCCGUUACGAAGAAGAGUAUUAAGCAGGAGCUUGAGAGAAGAUUCGGCGUUAACCUUGAUCUUAAGCGGCCUUAUAUCAACUCUGCGACUGAGGCUGUUCUUUCGGGUCUUCUUUGA